GAGAAAAAAAAAACACAAGUACUUUAAAACAUAUCUUUUCAUUGAGUAAUUGAUAAUCUCAUUCCCUCCUACUUUCUUUAUCUUUCUCGCAAACUAUUUUCUUGAAGUAGUCGUUAAUGGAGGAUUAGGGUUUUCUGGACUUAAAGAUUGUGUCAGCGAACUCAAAUCUGCCAUGUCUUCUCUUACACUGAAGCCAUCUGUACUACACAGACAGUCACUAAUUGCAUUUUCUAUAACAUUCUCAAAAAUUUCUAUUUCUUCAGUGAGUUUUCCUCGAAAUUUGACAAAGCUGCGGCGAUUAUCUCUCGGAAUUCGUGCUUUGGAUAAUUCAUCUUCGGAAAGUAGUAGUAAUGAUAGUAAUAUUGGUGGUUCUACUAAUGGAGAAUCUAAUAAAUCCCCAAAUGGGUCUACGCCAAAAAACAGGAGGGACAUUCUACUGGAAUACGUGAAAAAUGUGCAGCCGGAAAUCAUGGAUUUGUUUGUAAAAAGGGCAUCUCCACAGGUGGUGGAUGCAAUGCGCCAAACAGUUACAAACAUGAUUGGCAGUUUACCUCCUCAGUUUUUUGCUGUAACAGUAACUACAGUUGCUGAAAAUCUUGCCCAACUUAUGUAUAGUGUUAUGAUGACUGGCUAUAUGUUCAGGAAUGCGCAGUUCCGAUUGGAACUCCAGCAAAGUUUAGAGCAGGUUUCUCUUCCUGAACCACAAGAAAAUAAGGAUACAUCAGAUUAUGCGCCAGGUACCCAGAAAAAGGUGUCUGGUGAAGUUAUUCGGUGGAAUAAUGUCUCUGGGCCUGAGAAAAUAGACGCUAUAAAGUACAUAGAGCUGCUUGAAGCAGAAGUAGAAGAAUUAAAUCGUCAGGUGGCCAGAAAAUCUGCAAAUGGUCAAAAUGAGUUGUUAGAAUAUAUGAAAUCUCUUGAACCCCAAAAUUUGAAGGAUUUGACUAGUACUGCUGGGGAAGAUGUCAUUCUGGCAAUGAAUACUUUCAUAAAGCGCCUCUUAGCUGUUUCAGAUCCUGCACAAAUGAAGACUAGUGUUUCAGAGACAAGUGCAACAGAACUUGGCAAGCUACUAUACUGGUUGAUGGUGGUGGGCUAUGGAAUCCGAAAUAUCGAAGUUCGUUUUGAUAUGGAACGAGUACUGGAAAGUCCAGCCAAGCUGGCUGAGUUGCCUCCUGGGGAGAUGAUUUAGUAUUCAGCGUCUCUACUCGAUUGUAGCCUCUAUUAUUUUCUAUUAUUGCAUUGUAAGGUUGCUGUGAAAUUAUUCAUUUAUGUCUCGACUAAAAUUUAAUAGAGCUGCUAUUUUUAGGGCAAAGUAUUUGGAAUCAUAUCUCUUGCACAUAUUUGCUCUAAUUUACAUUUUAUGAUAUUAUAGCUUAAAUCGUAGCAUAGUUUUUUAAAACUAGUAGCAUAGAAACUUGUGUAAUGCACGCAAUUGUUAGUAUUGACAUUUAUAAACAUGCUUUUCAAA